GUGUAGUGUGAACAGUGUACCAGGCUGGAGAUGAGUUACGAGUACGCCAUUGCAGCAGAAUCCGACCGAGGCAUGGUUCGUGAAGCGCUGGCCACCUACUUCUACCCUGAAGAACCGCUUACCUUAGCCCAUCGCGAUGGUCCAGCCGUUACGGAGGACGACAUGGAAGCGGCUCUUUCCUUCCUUGCGCAGGGUACCGUAACCUUAGCACGUGUCGAUGUCACUGGAGAGCUAGUUGGACUUGCGGUUGGAGGGCGCUCGGCAGAUGCCGGUACCACCAUCACCACACGAAAGUACGCCGAUAUUGUAGCGUUUCUGGAGUGUUUAAGUGCGCGUGCUGCCGGUGCCGAGUGUUCCUCCGCUUCGUCGUACCACGUGUACAUGCUGGCAGUACAUCCGGCCCACCGAGGCCAUUCGAUCGGUCGUCGGCUGAUGGAGCAGCAGUUCGAACUGGUUCGUGCCCGUUGGCCGUCGCUACCAACUGUCACGGUGGAGGCAACAAGUGCCACUUCCUUGCGGCUAAUGAAACGCAUCGGGAUGCGUGAAACGGCACGGUUAGGUUUCGCGGACUAUCGAGAUGAGGCUGGUGAGCAAGCUUUCUUUGGCCAUGGGGAAGUGAUUCGCUUGGAGCUGAAGCUGUAAGCGUUGUUGGGGCGUUGUAGUUAGUAGAAGCGAAUAAAGUAAAGUUAAGAAGCACUCACCGCUAUACGAGUCCUACCCCCGAUGCGUUCGGACCAAGCACAAUUCUUCGACUGUUGGUUUAGAGGUUUUGUUUUUUUUCGGUUUUGUUAUUUUAUUAUUUCCACCUCCUUCACACACUCACAAUUCUACCAUGCUUUUCAUGCGCCAUCAUCCCAUCAUCAGCGGCGUUAACUUUUCUCACGGCACUUUUCACUCAUUCAACACACAUGAUAUUAUUCCCGGUGUAAUCUAGGCAUAUGACAGAACCGAAGAGGAAAGAACCACAAACAAUGUAUCCAUUGUAGCGGACCUUACAACGAGAAACGUAAGAACAUCUUGGGUUAGUUAUUAACACCAGGUUGUUUUUUUUUAUGACACCCAGUGUAUGUAGAUAGUGGACAAUUAUCUAGCGUCUUGUCUCCCAUCCCUAUCGGGAUGCUUUCCAUAUGCUUCCUCGGGCACCAAAAAAUACCACAACACAAGUCUAACAUUUUCCGCCUAAUGGUUUUUUUUUUUGUUUCUUUAACAUACAUCCACCAGAAGAGAUAAUAAUUUCCCGCCAUUUUACAUGUAAACUCUCUCUUCCUUUCUACGAUUUCUGUCCAUUAAUUUUUGAAUUGUUUCUUAUGCUGGAAGUUGAUUUCCAGAACUGAAGAACAACUUGCGCACUACUCUGCGUCCGGAACCUUGAAGAAAAAUUGAACGGUGACUACGGGCAUUACUAAAGUCGCAGUGAGAAGUCCAUAAGCUGAGCGUUGGUCGUGGUUAUCCCGAGCGCCUAAAUGUAUGCAAGUGCCUCU